AUGGAAGAGGAAUAUUAUUUUAAUACGCAAAGAACUCAACAGCAGAAAAAUCUUAGGGUUACUCUGGACCACUCUUGUAGAGACCAAGACGCGGCCCCCAGGGGUCUCCAGUGCUCCACAUUCCAGAGCAGUCCCGAGCUCUCCCAGAGCAGCGGGGUUCACCGGAGCUCGGUUCACUCGAAGCUGGCUCCUGCCAAGCCCGCGGCGUUUGCCAGAGCCAAGUGGUCGCAACCCCAGAUGCCAGGCUUCCUGUCCCGCAGAUCCUCAACUAGCUCACCCGGGACUCCUCGGCCUCUCCUACAAAGGAGCGAGCCGGGCUGGAAGCGGGAGGGGCGAAAGCAGGCACCCGCAGCCUCACCCCUCCUCUCUCCCCACCCCGAAGGCAGGAAUUUCUGGGAUGGGCAGAUGGUCCACCCCUCUCUUCCUCCUCCCUCCCCUAAUAAAGGGAUAUUCAUUAUCCAAAGUGAAAUCUUCACGACAUGCAUUCAAGCAGGUAAAUCUGUACUGACCCUGGAGAGUUGCCAACAACCAAACGAGUACAUGCUGUGGAAAUGGGUUUCAAACCACCAGCUCUUUAACAUAGGCAGCAGCGGUUGCCUGGGCCUGAACCUAUCUGACCCAGAGCAGCCUUUAGGCAUAUAUGAAUGUGACUCUGUUCACGUUUCCUUGAGGUGGGGCUGUAAAAGGAAGAUGAUCACAGGCCCACUCCAGUACUCGGUCCAGGUGAAGCAAGGCACCGUGGUUGUGGCCUCAUGGAAAUAUCUUCAUAAAUGGAUUUCCUACAUGUCAGGCGAUGGAGACAUUUGUGAAUAUCUGCAUGAAGAUUUGUAUACAAUCAAAGGCAAUGCCUUCGGAAUGCCAUGCAUGUUUCCCUUCCAAUAUAAUCAACAGUGGCAUCAUGAAUGCAUCCGGGAAGGUCGGGAAAAUGACUUACCAUGGUGUGCCACGACCAGCCGAUAUGAAAGAGAUGAGAAGUGGGGGUUUUGCCCAGAUCCAACCUCUGCAGAGAUAGCGUGUGAUGCUGUGUGGGAGAAGGACCCCAAUUCACACAUUUGCUACCAAUUCAACCUGCUUUCAUCUCUCUCUUGGAGUGAGGCACAUUCUUCAUGCCAGAUGCAAGGAGGUGCUUUAUUAAGUAUCACGGAUGAAAAUGAAGAAAAUUUUAUAAGAAAGCACAUGAGCAGUGAAGCAGUGGAGGUAUGGCUGGGUCUGAACCAGCUGGAUAGAAACUCUGGCUGGCAGUGGUCUGAUGGCACACCGCUCAACUAUCUGAACUGGAACCCAGAGGGAAAUUUUGAGCCAUUUGUUGACUAUCACUGUGGAACAUUUAACUCAUUAACAACAAAUGCCUGGAGGAGUCGGGAUUGUGAGUUGACCUUGCCUUAUAUAUGUAAAAAAUAUCUGAACCACACUGAUCAUGAAAUAAUUGAAACAGAUGCUUGGAAAUACUAUGCUACCGUCUGUGAGACUGGCUGGAAUCCCCACCAUCGUAAUUGCUAUAAACUUCAGAAAGAAGAAAAGACCUGGAAUGAGGCUUUGCAUUCUUGCCAGUCUGAUAACAGUACAUUAAUCAACAUAGCUUCUUUAGCAGAGGUGGAGUUUCUUGUAACUCUCCUUGCACAUGAAAAUGCGACAGAAACAUGGAUUGGUUUGAGCAGCAAUAAAAUUCCAGUUUCCUUUAAAUGGUCUAAUGGUGCCUCAGUCAUCUUUACUAAUUGGCACACACGUGAGCCACAGAUUUUUCCAAACAGAAGCCACCUAUGUGUCUCAGCAGAGCAAUCUGAGGGGCACUGGAAAGUUAAAAAUUGUGAAGAAACACUUUCUUACAUUUGUAAAAAACCAGGCGAUGUCCUCUCUGACGCUGAAUCAGGAUGUCAAGAGGGAUGGGAGAGACAUGGCGAGUUCUGUUACAAAAUUGACACAGGCCUUCGAAGCUUUGACCAUGCUUCCAGUGGUUAUUACUGUCCUCCUGAACUGGUAACCAUUGCAAACAGGUUUGAACAGGCUUUUAUUACCAGUUUGAUUAGUAGUGUGAUACAAACAAAGGACAGUUAUUUUUGGAUAGCUCUUCAAGACCAAAAUAACACAGGAGAAUACACUUGGAAGACAGCCGGGCAAAGUCCCGAGCGGGUGCAGUACACACACUGGAAUGUGCACCAACCUCGCUACAGUGGCGGCUGUGCUGUUAUGCGAGGAAGGAGACCACUUGGUCGCUGGGAAGUAAAGGACUGUAAACACUUUAAGGCAAUGUCCCUGUGCAAGCAACCAAUCAAAAAUGGAGAGAAAACUGUGCAUGAAGAGAGAUGGCCCUUUCACCCCUGCUAUUUGGACUGGGAGUCGGAGCCCGGUCUGGCCAAUUGCUUUAAGGUAUUUCAUAGUGAAAAAGUCUUGAAGAAAAGGACAUGGCUAGAAGCUGAAGAGUUCUGUCAGAAAUUUGGAGCUCAUCUUGCAAGCUUUGCCCAUAUUGAGGAAGAGAAUUUUGUGAAUAAGCUUUUAUAUUCUAAAUUUAAUCGGACAGAAGAAAGGCAGUUCUGGAUUGGAUUUAAUAAAAGAAACUUCUGGAAUUUUGAUUCUUGGGAGUGGUCUGAUGGAACGCCUGUUGUCUCUUCAUUUUUAGACAACACUUAUUUUGAAGAAGAGGCAAGAAAUUGUGCUGUGUAUAAAGCAAAUAAAACAUUACUACCCUUGUACUGUGGUGCCAAACGCGAAUGGAUAUGCAAAAUUCCAAGAGAUGUGAGACCCAAGAUUCCACCCUGGUACCAGUAUGAUGCACCCUGGCUCUUUUUUCAGAAUGCAGAGUACCUGUUUCAUACCUACGCCUCAGAAUGGUUCUCCUUUGAAUUUGUCUGUAGCUGGCUGCGCAGUGAUCUUCUCACAAUUCAUUCUUCACAGGAGCAAGAAUUCAUCUACAGCAAAAUAAAAGCGCUAUCAAAGUAUGGUGUAAAUUGGUGGAUCGGACUUCAAGAGGACAGAAACAAUGACAACUUGCAUUGGAGAGAUGGAACACCGAUAAUAUACCAAAACUGGGACAAAGAUAGAGGAAAAUUUGUCAAUAAUCAGAGUCAGAGAUGUGGCUUCGUUUCUGCUGUAACAGGACUCUGGGGUAGUGAUGACUGUUCAGUUUCUAUGCCUAGUAUUUGUAAGCGAAAAAAUAUUUGGGUCAUAGAGAAAGAGAAAGAUGCACCGAAACAACAUGGAACAUGUCCCAAAGGAUGGCUAUAUUUUAAUUAUAAGUGCCUUUUGGUGAAUAUCCCCAAAGACCCAAGCAAUCAGAAGAACUGGUACCAUGCUCGAGAUUUCUGUGUUGAGGAAGGAGGGACGCUGGUCACCAUUGAAAAUGAAGUGGAACAAGCUUUCAUUAUUAUGAAUCUUUUUGGCCAGACCACUGAUGUGUGGAUAGGAUUACAAAAUGACAAUUAUGAAAAAUGGCUAAAUGGAAAGUCUGUGGCAUAUUCUAAUUGGUCUCCAUUUGAUAUAAUAAAUAUCCCAAGUCAUAAUACCACUGAAGCUGAAAAACACAAUCCUCUCUGUGCCUUGCUAUCAAGUAAUCAUAAUUUUCAUUUCACUGGAAAAUGGUAUUUUGAAGACUGUGAAAAAGAAGGCUAUGGAUUUAUUUGUGAAAAAAUUCCAGAUACUUCUGGACACGAUGGGAAUACAUCUGAUGUGGACCCAAUCCCUAAUACCUUAGAAUACAGAAACAGAACUUACAAAAUUAUUAAUGCAAAUAUGACUUGGUAUGCAGCAAUAGAAGCCUGCCAGAGGCAUGGAGCACAGCUGGCCAGCAUAACAGACCAGUAUCACCAGUCCUUCCUCACUGUGGUCCUCAGCCUCCUAGGACACGCCCACUGGAUUGGGUUGCUCACCCUAGAUGAUGGUGUUCAUUUUGACUGGUUAGAUGGCAGCAAAUUUGGCCCUUUCACUUUUUGGAAAGAUGAGGAGUCGCCUUUUCUCAGUAACUGUGUUUUUGCUGACACAAGUGGACGCUGGCAUACCACAGCCUGCGAGUCAUUUCUGCAAGGUGCCAUUUGUCUUGUGCCCACUGAAAGAAGAUCAUUUGAACAUUCUGAGGAUUGCUCAGACAGUUUUAUUCCCUGGAUACAAUUUAGAAAUAAUUGCUACAAUUUUGCUAACGUCCUAAGUCCUAUGAGUUUUGAGGCUGCUCAGGAGUUUUGCAAAAAGGAAGGAUCUGCUCUUUUAACAAUCAAGGAUGAGGCUGAAAAUUCAUUUCUCCUAAAAGAGCUUCUCCAUUAUGAAACUUUUACCCGAAUGAUUUGGUUGAAUGCUCGAUUUGAUAGUAACAAUGAAACCUUAAAUUGGUUUGAGGGGACUCCCACAGACCAGUCAAACUGGGGCAUUCGGAAGCCGGACAUAGACCACUUCAAGCUCCAUCAGUGUGUUGGCCUGAGGAUUCCUGAAGGAGUGUGGCAGUUAUCCUCGUGUACAGUAAAAAGGGGAUUUAUAUGUAAAAAGGAGGCAGAUAUUCACGCUACAGAGGAGCAUCCAGGGGAAGAACCAAGUCACAGCAUGGUUCCUCUUGCAGUAGCACUGACCCUGAUAGUGAUGCUGGCUGUUUUCACAUUGUCCUUCUGCAUAUACAAGCAGAAUAGUGGCUUCUUCAGGAGACUUGCAGGGCUUGGGAAUCCUUACUAUCCUACAACCAACUUUAGUACAGCACACUUGGAAGAAAAUAUUCUCAUUUCUGACCUUGAGAAGAAUGACCAGCUGUAAUGAAGUCAUGGCGUGCCAGCUGCGGCCAUACAGAUAGGCAAAGAAGACUACGUAGUAUUUCCCUUCAUGGACCAGAAGCCAUCAUAAUGUGAACUGUGACGCAAUCUUCGUUAUUCUCCAGGUGAUGACUGGUUGAGAAGGGUAACCAAAUUCAGUGGGUUUUCAUGUAUUCAUCUCUCUCAUCUGUGAUCCAUUCUUUAAAAGGGGAAACAAUGCAAUGAUUAUUAUUAAGAAUGACAAGAACUAUUAAAAGAAUUAUUAAAAGAAACUCCCUAUUGGAAACUCUCAAACCAAUGUGAAUAAUAGU